GUAUUCAGUAGUCGCUCUUUUCCUUCCCCACAUUUCUCCUAUGUCCCAACAGCCUCAGACGCACUGACCGCCAUUGCCCCCGCCAUGUCUGUCCUCUUCGUCCUCUUCUCCGCCUCUCUCCUCUACUGCUCCGCUGCUCUCCCAUACCCUUACAACACCAGCUAUCACAUAGACUGCGGCGGCCAGAGUCCUUCCACCGAAAUCUACAACGUUACCUGGCUGCGGGACCUAUUCUUCUCGGGUGGCGCCUUCGGUUACGUCUCUGAACCUCUCCAUUUCAGCAACGAAGUCGAGAAGACCCUCCGCUACUUCCCUAUUUCCUCUGGAAAGAAGAAUUGUUACUCCGUGCCCCUCCCCUCGGGCCGUUAUUAUAUCCGCACUUUCACUGUAUAUGAUAACUACGACGGGAAAUCUCAUCCUCCGUCCUUUGAUGUUUCCGUCGAGGGCACUCUCGUCUUCUCGUGGAGAUCCCCCUGGCCUCAAGGUAUCCACCGUGAUGGUGCUUAUUCGGAUCUUUUCGCCUUUGUUAAAGACGGUGAACUGGACGUCUGUUUUUACAGCAUUGCCACUGAUUCUCCCGUCGUCGGCGCUCUUGAAGUCGUUCAGAUCGACCCGCUGUCGUACGACUCCGCAAGGACUGGUGACGGUUACAUCCUAGUCAAUUACGGGAGGUUAUCCACUGGUUCGGAACAAUGGGGUCCCGGGUUCACAUCUGACCCGGACCCUUUCGGCCGGUCAUGGCAGUCUGAUACUCAAUUCCGCAACCAGAAUUCAAAAUCCGCAACAACAAUUACCACUAAGGAGAAAAUCUCCGGUACUGAUCAAGCCCCGAAUUAUUUCCCGAUGAAACUUUACCAAUCGGCAGUGACGACCAUGGGGGCAUUAGAGUACGAAUUAUCAGUAGAUGCAAAGGUCGAUUACUUGCUCUGGUUCCAUUUCGCCGAGAUUGAUUCAACUGUUAAAAAGGAUGGGAAAAGGGUGUUUGACCUGGUGGUCAACGGGAUGAAUGUCAGCAGAGUGGAUAUAUACAAGGAGGCCGGGGGUGGUUUCGCAGCCUACAGUUUGAAUUAUACGGUGAAGAAUUUGAGCAGCACUGUGUUGAGCGUGAGGUUGGAGCCAGUAACGGGGUAUCCAUUACUCAGUGGGCUUGAGAAUUACGCGGUGGUUCCGGCGGAUAUGUCGACGGUACCUGAGCAAGCUGUUGCUAUGAGAGCACUGAAAGAGUCCCUGCGUGUUCCUGAUCGUAUGGGUUGGAAUGGUGAUCCUUGUGCACCUACUAAUUGGGAUGCUUGGGAGGGAGUUACAUGCCAUCCCAUUCAGAAUAAUACCGCCCUUGUCAUAACUCAAAUAGAUCUUGGAAGUCAGGGUCUGAAAGGGUAUAUCAGUGACCAGAUUAGUCUUCUUUCAAACUUGGUAAACCUGAACUUAAGUUCUAAUUCUUUGACUGGUGCUCUACCGGAUGGCCUCUGUCAAAAAUCUCUUAAAGGACUGGAUUUAUCAAACAAUCAAUUUUCAGGUUCCAUACCAGAGAGCUUAACUUCUUCAAAUCUGCAGCUUGUACUACUCAAUGAUAACUUGUUGGAAGGACGAGUGCCAGAGGAGCUUUAUUCCAUUGGUGUGCAUGGCGGAUCCAUUGAUCUCUCUGGCAACAAAGGUUUGUGUGGGGUACCUUCUUUGCCAGAUUGCCCUCUAUUUUGGGAAAAUGGCCACUUAUCUAAGGGUGGUAAAAUUGCAAUAGCCCUAUCAUGUCUGUUCUUCAUUGGCAUCGUGGUGUUGGUUGUAUGUAUAAUCUACAUCAGGAGGCGUAGAAAUUAUUAUGACUUUGCUCUGCCGCAAGAUUUAAUUUCCGUUGCUGCUAAGAGAAACAGAUAUCAAAGGCAAAAGUCCUUGAUGCUUCUUGAAAUGGAGAGCCAACAUGCCAAAGGAUUGUCAUCAAUCCCUCUAAAUCAGUAAAUCCUCGUUAGCAGUCUUGUUGAAAGGUACAGAUACUGAUUUUGAUAGUUAGACCACACACCAAGAAGGAAUAGACUGGACCAUAUGAUUGUGAUUUAUAGGGAAUACUAUCAUGUGAGUUGCUCCUGCUUCAAAAAGAUGAGCUGUUGGCUUUCAACAAACUGAACCAAAAUGGGCCUUUGAGAGGCAUCUUUUGUGGAAAAUGCAGUGUAUCUCAUUCAUUUUUCUGGCUGAUAAAAGGCAUAAGCCUCCUAUACAAUGUAUCAUAUCUUUGCAGAGUUUGGUGAAAAAAUACAUCAUAAAUGGACGCUUCAUUGUUUGUAAAUGACAAUACUAAUUUAUACACAAUGGUCCCAGGUACAUUAAUAGAUUGCUUUCUUAUCU